AUGGGUUUUUCGGACCUCGUUUUCCCGCCCUGCUGCAAGGCUGCUGAUGGACCAGGUUUCUCUCCAGUGGACUUUUACGACCUCAAUAGCGCGUACGGAACAGAGGCCAGCCUGCGGAAGCUGCUGGCGCAGCUGCACGCAGCAGGGCUGGGCGCGUGCCUGCACGUGGUGGUGAACCGGAUGGGCGGAUGGGGGGAGACGAGCGGAUCGGAGCAGCAGCAACAGCAACAGCAGCAGAUGGGGGAAGGAAGUGGGGUGCCAGGGGGAGUAGGACCCGGCGAGCCAGGGCUGUCAGAGUGGAACCGACUCACUAACACGGUGGACGAGCCUGCCGUGUGGCGGCAGGGAGAGCAGGGGGGCAUUGACGUGCAGGCAUCAGCGGGGGCGAGGAGCAGUGUGAUGGACCAUGGGAACCCCGCAGUGGAGGAGGACUGUAAGGGGUGGCUGCGAUGGCUGCGAUACGACGUUGGCUUCGAUGCGUGGUGUUUCGACCUCGCACGUGCCUUCGACCCUGCAGUAGCCCACUCGUACUGCUGGGAUACGAGCCCCACGUUUGCUGUCGCUGAUGUGUGGACGGAGAUGCGAUACCAGGGCAGCAACCUCGAGUACGACCAAGACGCCCAUCGAGCACUGCUUGCUGAUUGGGUGAAAGCAGCUCGGGGGACGCCACACAUGAUUGACUACACCACAAAGGGCAUACUGCAGGCAGCGGUGCAGAAUUGCGAGUACUGGCGCCUCAUAGACCCCCAGGGCCGGCCUCCCGGGCUUAUUGGCUUGCUGCCUGGCAAGGCAGUCACCUUUGUGGACAAUCACUCCACAGGAUCCACGCAGCAACACUGGCCAUUCCCCGCCUGGGGGGUCACUCUCGGCUACGUGUACAUUCUGACCCACCCGGGUGUGCCGUGUGUGUUCAUCGACCACCUGUACGAGUGGAACCUCAAGGACCCGAUUCAGAAGCUGCUGGCGGUCCGGCAUCGCAACGGCAUCACAUCGCGGAGUGCGAUCCGCAUCAUGGUGUGCAGCACGCAGCUCUAUGUGGCGCGCAUUGGCACCAACGUGGAUGAUGAGAGGCUGUUCCGCGGGGUGGUUGUGAAGCUUGGUCCUUCUUUUGACAUGCAUGGGACAGCACCAGGUACUUGA